AUGGGAUAUAAGAUAUAUUCUAACUCUGACUUAGUUCAAACAGUAACAUGGGCAAACUAUGAAUGGUUCGCUUUGAGAAACUCAGUACAACCACAAGCUAGAGAACAAACAGACCAGUAUGCAACUAUUGAGAAAAUAAGAAGACUUGACCCUAACGUUCCAGGAGUUUAUGUUGACCUUUCUGGACAAACUGCAGCAGCAGUAACCAAAGUAAAACUGAAACUUAGAGUUCCUUUGUCAUCUUUCCUCAUCUUCAGGUUUUUAAGAUACUUGCCAAACUGGGCAGGAAAAAUUUCUAUCGAACUUACUCCAAGCAAAAAUAACUUAGUCAUUGCACCAACACAAGACCCAUUCACUCUUACAGACGUAAAGGGAGCAAAUCAAACGUCAUUCGCCGACUUUUGCAAAGACAAAGUUGACUUAGACUUUGGUUUCUCAAACCUCAACACUGAAGUAAACUAUUAUUUCAAUGCUGCUGGAACUGCUUGGGACCCAGUUAAGUUCACAUGCGAAAA